AAAACACCUUAAAGUAAGUCACGUUGUGUAGGAACGAUCUGUGCUACCGUACGAUAUCCAUGACGAUGAAUGAAAUAGUGAAAUAGAGUUGUAGCGCUUAGAUUUGCUGGCAAGAGCCACCGGCCAAUGAAGCCACCAUCAGACGACGAGGCUGACAGCGAAAUGACUCGUCCCAUCUCCCGACACGGUUCUCGAGGCUUCUCCGCAAGUCCAGUUCAGAUCUCACUUUCGUCGUUUCCUUCAACUGUUCGCUGCUUCUUUGAUUGUAAACCCAAACCCUCUUCUUUGUCGUUUCUCUACAUCUUCUCGUCAGGCGGCAGUCCUUCUACAUUGGGUGCCCAGGCAGACGCAGGCAGCCUCACCUCACAGAAAGAUGCAUCGAGGCGGUUCUCAACACCCUCGGCCUGAGUUACCGCUUCGUCGACCGCGUCGACCAUCAACUUCGAAUGAUAUGCUCGAGACGGGGGCGGCCAGCACUCCAUCACAACCUCCAUCCUUUCCCCUUCCGCACACCUUCUUCUCCCCACAAGUUCAGCAAGACCUUCCAGAUCACCAAUCGCAGCCUCACCCAGGUCCAUCUCGCUAUCAUAAUCCGCAUCCUUCCCCAUUCACGUUUUCGCCUAGGCUUCCGCUGCCCCGCCACAGAGCUGUCAUACCGGCCAGAGAACAGUACACUCCCAGUCUAAGAUCCACCGCGCAUAUACGUCCCCCCAAUGUGCCAAGCAUGGAAUCGAAUCACCACAGCAUGACUCAUCAGGCUCGAGGUCCUGCUUAUUUUCCUACAAGUCCAGAUCCCCAGACAUAUAAUGGACCGCAAAUGACAGGUGGACGUUCCACGUACGAGCUUCCACCAUUAAACGUCCAAUCUUCAGAACCCUUCAGUUGGCAGCUACCAGCGGAGUUACCAGCGCAAUUACCAGCACGAGUUCCAGCACACUUUCCAGUACGGGCUCCAGCACAACUACCAGCAGCAAUCAUACCUCCGCCACCUGCUCCUAAAGUGGAAAGAACCUGCACUGUAUGCAUGGAAGAUUUCGGUGAAGAUAUGUUUCCGCACAAGUGUACGAAAUGCACAAGCAUUUACUGCAAGAACUGUCUCAGAUCAUGGUUCCUCGAUGCCUGCAGAAAUGAGUCAAAAAUGCCACCGAAAUGCUGUACUGUCAUACCUCUUUCCGCUGUCAAUUUUCUCACCCCGGCUGAGAUUGAGCUUUUCAAGCUUAAAUUCGAGGAAUGGUCUACGCCAGGCAGGCUUUAUUGUCCAGAAAAGAAAUGUUCGGCCUUUAUCAGUACUCGACUCUAUAUCAAGCCAACGGUAACUGGGAAAGUUACAGAGAAGCACGUUUCAUGUCCUGAAUGUGGCGUCUCCGUUUGCACGAAGUGUCGUGCUCUGGCACACAUUGAUAAUUGUCCUGAAAGCGACCUUGACCCAGCACUCGAAGAGCAAUUAAAAAAAUGGAAGAUCAAACGGUGUCCUAAGUGCCUUAAUGGGGUCAGGCGAGUAUUCGGCUGUGCCCAUAUUGAAUGCAGAUGUGGAGCUCAUUUCUGCUGGGAAUGCCUGCAACCUAUCGGAACCUGCGAUGGCUCUUGUGAGGACUCCGAGCGAGAUGAGUCUGAGCCAGAAGAGGACGACUUGGACGGGAGAGCGGGCUAUUAUGAUGGUGAUGACCACGAUUUUGGUCCUGAGCCGUAUGGCACUGUCGUUGAUGCUUGGAGCUGCCAGCAUGUAUGGGUUCCCACCAGAUCCAGACCCCAAGGAGACCAAAUGAUGGAGUGUCACCUUUGCUACCGACAUAUCCAACCCGUUACUACAGACACAGUAGAUAAGGACGAGGAUAGUCCCAUGACUGGUAUGACCUGGCAAUGCGCUGGCGCUCACAUGAUUUGUUCUACAUGCGUGAGACCACCGGAGUCGCUGGUAGAUAAGUCUCCCACCUCAUUCGUUUGUUGGUGUGGAACUGCAUACUGCCACAUCUGUGAUAGGAACGAGAAGGUCAAAGAGCUUGAGACGGCCUAUGAGUGCACUUGCGGCAUGAUGCUGUGCGGGGCUUGCAAGAACAUUUCAGAUAGGCAAAUAACGGAGUGAUGGAGAGGUAUCCUCAAUCGCUUUGUACACACAAGGUCAUGGGAUGCGGGACCGCGGUGGAGGGAUGGAAAAUGUGGCAAUGAUUGCAUGCCGUUGGCGUUACGGGGGACAAUUUUUCUGGUUGAUUGAGACUUUUCAGGGCGUUGCAUGGCUGAGCUGGAUCAGAGCUUCCUGACUUGCUUGCUUUAUUUUCCACAUUGCAUAGCGUUGCUAGCUCAGACUUACGGGAUGUGCUUUCUGCUCUGAAGUAGCUAGCAUUCGAUACUAAUAAUAUGAGAAUUGUUCAUUGGG